UGAUUGCAGGAUGAGAGCGACAACAUCUGCUGCCAGGAACAGAUCAACCGCUCCAUCUACUGGGCCGACGGUUUUGUCUUUGUCUACUCCAUCACGGACUACAACAGCUACCGCGUCAUCCGCCCCUUGCACCAGCAUGUCCGCAAGAUCCAUCCCAACGCCAACAUCCCACUGCUGCUGAUGGCCAACAAAGGAGACCUCUUGCGAGCCAGGCAGGUGUCCACCAAAGAGGGCCACCAGCUGGCCAACGAACUGGGCUGCACCUACUCCGAAGUGUCCGCGCGGGAGAACUGUGAGGGGGUGCACGAAGCCUUUCAGCAGCUUUGCCAGGAGAUGAGCCGGAUGAUCGGCAGCUGCAACGGGGAGAAACGGAGAGGGCUCCACCUGGUCCGACCGAAAUCCCCAAAUAUGCAGGACUUGAAAAGGCGACUCAAACAGGCUUUGUCUUCCAAAGGGAAAUCGGCCACAAUGCUCUGAUGUAGCUUAGUGGGAGGGGCUGGGGGGAAGAGAGUGAUGAUUUGUAUUUAUACCUAUUUAUGACGUUUCUGUGCCGGCACCUUUUGGUGUGAUAGCAUUCCUUUUGAUGAGGAUGAUUCGAAGGUGGGUGGCAAACUUUAGAAGCUACGGCUCAUUCCACACAUGCAGAAUAAUGCACUUUCAAACUGCUUUCAGUGCUCUUUGAAGCUGUGCGGAAUAGCAAAAUCCACUUGCAAACAGUUGUGAAAGUGGUUUGAAAACACAUUAUUUUGC